GGGGGGGGGAGGAAGCGGAAGGCCAUCGAUCGAAGGUCGGCGAGGAGGUUGUUGAUGACGUCCCGGUCCUGGGGGCGGCUAAGCGGCCGCCAGAGCUGCAAGUAUCCACACAUUUUAAAGAUGGCGUCAGUAGCACGUCGAAGAGGCACCUUCUGUAUGACAAGCUUAUUGCGGACGGUCCAAAGCGUCCAGGCAAGGACCCCAACGCAAAGCCAUCUAAUAUGGCGGUAGCGAGGGGGGAGGCGUGAAUUUCUGCAAGCAGGUCAGGGAAGUUGGUGUUGCACCACUGGCCCCCAACCGUCUCGCGGAAACAGGACCAAAGGAACUGAGCCGUGGAGCACGAGAAGAAGAUGUGGUUAGCAUCCUCGGCCGUGCCGCAUAGGGGGCACAUCCCAUCACCAGGUCCAUUACGCUUAAGGACCUCCACGCCGGACGGGAGGCGGCCUCGCAUCCAUUGCCACAGGAAGAUCCUGAUCUUCAGGGGCAGGCGAAUGUCCCAAAUCAAACUAAAGGGCUCGGGGCCCGUCGAGGGGGCGAUGGCCGCGUAGAGUGAUUUGGUGGAGAAGCAGCCGGACGGUUCCAGACGCCAAGAGAUGGCGUCCGGGGUGUCGGCGACGUUCAUAGGGAGGAGGGCGAUGUCCUGAAGGAGGGCAUCCCAAGCGGCUACUUCAGGCGGGCCAAAGGGGCGGCGGAAAGUGAGGCGCCCUAAGUCAAUAAGGGCCGUCUCGACAGAGACACGAGGGUCAACUGCAAUGGCGAAGAGCUCCGGAAAUUGUGCGGCCAGGGGGUGUCGCCAAUCCACCGAUCAAACCAGAACAGGGUCGUGGACCCAGUACCAACCGAGAUGGAUGUGCCAAUGCGAAGCACAGGAAGCAGCUGGACGACGGCCUGCCAAAACUGGGAGCCGCCCGAGCGCUGACAGAAUGCAAGAGGCUGUCCUCGAAGGUACUUGUUCUGGAUGAUGGUGAGCCAAAGGCCUCCAUCGCCAUUGGCAAUGCGCCAGAGCCAACGGGUCAGGAGGGCAAUGUUCAUGCGUCGGGAGGACAAGAUCCCAAGACCGCCCUGGUCCUUGGGUUUGCAGAUAUCGGGCCAGCUUACCAUAUGGUACUUCUGCUUAUCCCCCUCCCCAGCCCAGAAGAAUCUGGAUUGGUAUUUGGCGAUCUCCUGAUGGAGGGUCUCAUGGAGGCUAUAGAAGCUCAUGAGGAACCAUAGAAGGCUGGCAAGCGAGGAGUUGAUAAGGAUCACACGAGCAACCUUCGACAACCAUCGCCCUUUCCAGGGCUCAACGCGGUGUUGCAUACGGGUCACCGUCGGGCGAAGAUCCGCCACGGUGAGGCGCGAGUCACUAAUGGGGAUCCCCAGGUAAGUCGUGGGGAAAGAACCCAACAGACAAUUUAGUCGGUCCGCAAUAGCCUGUGCUUCCUCCGGGGGGUACCCAAGAACCAUCACUUCGCUCUUAUCGAAGUUGAUGGUUAGGCCCGACAUCUGUUGGAAGCACAGGAGGAGGAACUUCAGGUUAGCAAUGUCUUGGACGGAACCCUCCACCAUUAUUAUGGUAUCAUCCGCAUAUUGAAGGAGGGAGACCCCUCCCCCUCUGACUAGGUGGGGGACGAUGCCGCGGAUAUGGCCAUCAUCCUUGGCCUUAUCAAGGAUGGAUGCCAGGGCAUCAACCACCAUGUUGAAUAGGAACGGCGAGAACGGGUCACCCUGACGGAUCCCACAAAGGGUGGGGAAGUAGGGCCCAGUGUCACCGUUGAUGUUCACAACGGUCUGGCCACAGGGGACAAGCUGCAUGAUGCGAGUCACCCAAUGGUCGUCAAAGCCCUUGCGAAGCAACACUUCCCGCAAGAAGGGCCAGUGGACCAUGUCGUACGCUUUGUGGAAGUCUAGCUUCAGAAAGACCGACCAAUGGCGUUUCAUCCGGACCUCGUGGAGGACUUUGUGGAAUACCAGCACACCAUCCAGAAUAAAUCGGCCUUGUAUGAAGGCGGAUUGGUUCGGAUGGGUAAUCGCGUCAGCGAGCAGGGUCACCCAUUGGCGUACCCUUUGGCCAAGAUCCGGAAUAUCACAUAUCACAUUAAUCACUGUGAUUGGACGAAACUGGCGGAUGUCGGAGGCGCCCGGGACCUUGGGGAUGAGGGUAACGAUUCCAUAGUUAAGACGCCCAAGAUCCAUGGCGCCCGAGUAGAAUUCCUCAAACAGGGCCAUGACCUUCGGGUUGAUGGUCGGCCAGAACGUUUUGAAGAACGUUACGGGCAGGCCAUCCGGCCCCGGGGCCGAGGAGGGGUUCAUCCCUUUAAUAGCCGCGAGGACCUCGUCCUCGGCAAGGGGGCCACUAAUGCCGCAUUGGCCUCAGCAGAGACCAAUUGAUCACCCGACCAAAUGUCGGGGGCGAGACUAGCCCCACCCCGAGGGGUGGGGGUAAAUAGGGCUUUAUAGAAGCCAUCUACAUGGGCACGGAUGGCCGAGGGGCGAACGAGAGGCGUGUCUCCAUCCCACUGGCAGUGGAUGGAGUUUCGACGUCGCCGGCCGUUCGCUACCGCCUGGAAAUAGGCGGUGUUGGCAUCGCCCCGAAGCACCCACCGUUGGGUACCGCGCAGUCGCCAGUAGGCCUCUUCAUCCGUGUAAAUGGUUGAGAUCUGGUCUUCAAGGUCAUAUCGCAGCAUCCAUUCAUCCGGGGAGAUCCCGGACGUGUCGGCACGGGCAUCCAGGGCUUGGAUAGCCAGCAGGAGGGCCUUUUUGCGCUCUCUAAGGUCCCGGCCAAGGUUAGCACCCCAACCCUUCAUGAAUUGGCGGGCAAGCUUGGCACAGAAGUGCCACGAGUCGACUGCAGACAUGGAGCGAUGAGGGGAAGAACGCGCGGAGAUCCAGCGAGCGACGACAACCUCCCGAAAGCCGGCCUGAUUAAGCCAGAAGAGCUCAAACCGGAAACGCGGCGGGGUGGGGGGGCGCUCGUCAGCGGUGGAGAGGAGGAGAGGGACGUGGUCAGACCCGAUCCGGGUAAUCGCACGAAGCGAAGCCAGGGGCAACAUAAUUCCCACUCCAGGGAAACUAGAACGCGGUCCAAGACAGAUUGCGUCGGGUCAACCUGACGGUUCGUCCAAGUGAACCUGGCACCCGUCCGAUCUAGCUCACGGAGACCAAGCUCCGCGAUCCAGUCGUUGAAUAACUGCAUCCCGGGGAAGUUAAUCUGGUCAUUAUUCUUCUCAUCCGGGGAUCGGAUGAGGUUAAAGUCUCCGCCCACUACAACUGGGAGGAGGGAGUUGGAGAUCUUCAGAUGUAGCUCCGCCAGGAAGGCCGGGAGCGGCGGUGGUUCGCCGGUCCAUACACAAUCACGACCUCCCAUUUGAAGUUAAGAGCACGCUCAAAGAUCUCCAUACUAACGAAGAAUUCUCCCCGGUCCAUGCCACCCACCUCAAAGGUGGCAUCCUUUACCCCUAAAAGGAUGCCACCAGAAUGGCCUGUGGUCCCACUAGAAGGGAGCCAAUGCCAGGCGAAGAGGUGGGAACUAAGACAUUCGAGCUCGUGGAGGGAGAACUCAGUGCGCAUGGUUUCCUGGAUGGCAAUGAUGUCAAUGUGUUCAUCUCGCAUGUACUCGAUGAGUUGGCGGCGACGACCAUCAUGGCCGAAGCCGCGGAUGUUCCAGAAAAGGGCCCGCAUCUAAGCCCCCAUCGGGGGGCUGCUUGACCCCAGGACACGGGAAGCGCUUUGCGCGCGGAGAGCAGCUGUGCGAGAACGGGUGCGCCCACGGAUCACCCCGUCGGCCACCGGAGGAACCCGAACCGCGGGGGUGGCGGUCGAUUCCUCGGGAGGCUGAAGCAGGCGAGCCCGAGUCUCAGCCAGCUUGCCAUCUAAGAUCUCACAAGCCCUAAUGGCCGCGAUCUGUUCUAAGGGGGGACCAACUUCCCCCCUGAAGACGAUGGCCGAGUCAGUGGCCACCUUGGCGAGGUGGCCAAGAGGAACGGCCUCCAGCGCGGAAAAGGAACAACUGGAAGAACUGGGUAGGGCGGGAUCCACACCUGACUCGAGGUUCCGGACCGCCGCCCGAAGCUCCGCACGCUCGGAGAUGGACGGAGCCGGGGAGUCCGCCGGGCGGGUCGCAUCGAGGCGGGCGCUGCGGCGGGACGCCGUCGCCGGCGUCGAGGUGGAGCGGGGCCGCCUGGCGUACGCCACCGUCGGAGGAGGGUGAGCGGAGGCCGGAGUGGUCACGACCACGGCCACCGCCGCGGUCGGUGAGGCAGGCGGGGCGAGGCGGUCGUCGCAGGCCACCGGCGGGGGAAGCGGGGCGACGAGCUCCAGGAUGUCGCCGGCCGCGUCCCCCGCGGGUGGGAGGGUCGGAGAGGGCGCGUCGAUGGGAGCGCAUCCGCCGCCACCCGUGGGGACUGGGGAGGUCAAACCAGGGGGGACGGGGGGUCCGGGCCCGACGGCGAGGGGCGAAGGCGGAGUCGGUGGAGGGAGAGCGAGGCGACGAAGGCGGCACGACGAGCAGGCCCACACUGGAGAUGUCACUGGCCGACUCCGACGGAGGCGGAGAGGGCGCGACCGGCGGGGCGGCCAGGCGGAGAGCCACCGCGAGGUCAGUGGCCGACACCCGGGUGUGCCCCGCCCCGGAACCGCCACGACCGAAGGUGGGUUGGUGGGCUCGCGGGACAGGGUGCGGGAGUGCUCCGACAAGUCCUCAUCGUCCUCAGGGUCGUCGAGCGGGAGUGGCGGGACCGCCUGUGGUGGGAAUCGUCGGCGUCAGCUGGGCCGCCCCCCAGGUGGCUGUCAUUAGAGAAGCGGGGGCGGCCGAUGUGGUUCGGAGGCUCGGGGCAGAUCUUGAGGUCGUAGCCGUCGUCGUUGAAGAAGACCCGAAUCGUGGCGCGAAGCUUGAAGGAGUCCAGGCACUUCACCUCGACCCGGACCUCCUCCUUGUGCAGAGAGAGCUCAUCGACCACCACCACCUUGCCCAGGAUCUUGGACAUACUGCGAAUGACACGCUCAAACCGGGCCACAUCUGGCAGGCCGGCGAUGAGGAGCCAAGCAGUGUCCAGAACUUCCACGGCCUUGGGAUCCCACCUCGGCUCUGAGAUGUUCACCACAAUCCCGUUGAGGGCCAAGGUGAUGUUGUUGCUACGGGUACAGAAUCCCAUGCUCAGAGCGUCGGGGAAGAUCACCGUGAAGGCGUUGGCAGCGGUGGAGGUCACCUGCCAGUCCCACUUGCACCUGCACAAGUGGUUGAGCUCGGCCUCGAUCAGCUCCGGGGUGGCGACGCCCUCGCCCACGACAGUCACGAGUGCCAGGAGCGAGGGGGAGGGAGGGGGAAUCUCCGGAACCUCGAUGUGGAAGAAGCCCAUGUCCUCGAUGCCGUGGCCGUACAUCAUGAUCUCCUCCGUCACCGGGCGGUCCGGGCAGAGAAUCGCGGGAUGCCCGGCGUCCUUGCAGAGGUAGCACAUCGGUGGGUUGGGGCAUGCCACCUGGAAGUGCCCGGUCAGGCCGCAAUUGAAGCACGGCGGACCGUCAGAGGCAGCGUUGGGGCCCGGAGGGGGAGCCGAGGCGGCGGCGGUGGAGGCGGAGGCCGGGGGGCGCGGGGGGCCCUUCUUCUUCUUCUUCUUGGCGCCCUGGCGCCCCCGGUUCCCAUUGCCGCCGUUGGAAGGUGGGAACGCAGCUUGGGUGUGCGGGGGCUGGUAGCGGCGGGCAGCCGGGGCGCUGGUGGUGGUGGAGACGGGCUGCUGACGGGGAGGGGAGGGGGAUCGGUCCCGGCGACGCGCUGGGGAGGGGGACCGCCGCCGAGAGGACAGCCUGGGCUCCCCAGCCGGCGACCUACCGCGAUCCCGCGACUCGGCCCGAGGGGACGCGCGACGAGCAGGGGAGCGGGAGCGCCGGUCGUCGCGAGCGGGGACCGGCGGGAGGGGCGGGGGGAGGAGCGGCGGGAGUCACGAGCAGGGGACCGCCGGGCCGGGCGGGAGGAGAGCUGCUGCCGGAGGUCAGCCUCCCGCCGGAGACCAUCGGGGGAGGUCCGAGGAGGAUCGCGGCGGUCGUCCGCACGGCGUUUGGGGCGGCCCGCGUCGUCGCCCCAUUCCCGGGUCAUGGCCGGCGGGGGAGGAGGGGGGGACGCGAGGGAGCCGGGGUCGCCUGUGAGCAGAAGGCAGCGAGGGUCGGCGGGAGGCGUGUCGGGGAGGGGAGCGGGCGGCGCGGGGUUGGGGGAUGGUUGACGAGGAAACCCUAACGGGGGCCAGAUGUAGCGUUGGACCGGGCCAGCGCCCACCGGUGGGCGUGGCUGGGCCGCGGGGGGCGGGACCGGCCCGGUGGACCGGCCCACAGCAUGACCAAAGGCCCGUACUCCACUGGGCGUCCCGGCGGCCACCGCCCCCGGGGUGGGUCCAACAGCAAGGCCCAUGGGCUGGCCCAGGACCACCGCGGUCCGGUACGAUCGUCCCGGGGAGACCAAGCGGGGGGCAAGGGUUUCCCCGAGCGCCGCCGCAGUGGCCGCCGGCGGGGAAGGACGGGAGCGGCGAGGCCAGGACGGGGCGCGCGGGGCUCCAGGAGGCGGGGGAACGGAGGUGCCAAACGCAGAAAUGAAGGGCCGGAAGGGGGAGCGUCGGGAGAUCACAGCGGAGAGCUCGGACGAGAGCGCCGGCGACGAGCGGGCCGGAGCGGAGGAUGACGAAGCCGGGGCCGCGGCCUUCCAGGAGGAGCGUGCGAGGCCGCGAUCGGCGCGGCCCGCGACACCCCAUCCGCCAGCACGGCGUCUCCGAGGGGGAGCCCCGGACCCCAAGGUAGCACCUUUCGCCCCCACCGGCGUAGACACGCCCGAAGGCCGGCGCCGGCGCCGGGCUGACCCGCGGGCGGCCGAACUCCCACCCCUGGGAGUAGGGCCACCGGCAGAAUCGAGCAGAGGCAGCCGGGGCGGGGCCUUGGGGGGAACGCGGUCCCGGCACACGACGGGCCGCCCCGCGGCGACGUCGUUGGCCUCGGCGAGGUCUGCCCAGACGACGCGCGACGAGCCAGCAGGGGGAGUCGGAGCUAUCCAUCCGUUCAAAGACACUCUUCCAGAAAAAGAAUUCAAGGAACUCCGCAGCUCCGAAUACAGAGGUGAGAAAUCGAAUCAAUCGAGCAGCGCUCUGGUGAUCUAUUCAUCUACAUGUUCUGAUCUGCAUGUAUUCCCUGUUUUUCCUCUGCUGGUUCAGCUUUGUUAAACUUAUAGCAGAUAUAAAAUACCUGUAUAUAUGCUUAGAACAAGCAAAAUUAGCACUCUCUAUCUUGAGUUGUCAGUUUGAUUUACAUACACAUGUCACUCGACUAUGCAUCAUCAAGCAGAAUGUUUAUGUGUGUUGCCAGUAACAAAUUGUAUCAAAUCUUGUGUUAAAACAAUACUAUCAAAUUAACUUUCCAACCAGGAUUUCAAGAAAAAAAUUGUGUGCUGGAGCAAGAAAGGGAACAUGGUAAGGAGUGUGCCUAGAAGAGUUUCUCUGUUCUCUUCCUAUUGGUUGCCAUAUGCAGCUUGCGGGUCUCAACUUAAUAAAUACAUCAACCGCGUACCGAAGGAAAAACUCAUUACAUGAAUUCUGAGUAGGUAUUUUCAGUCUUUCGCAAUGUAGUUUAUUUAUUUUUCUCUGCACCAUGAUGUGCUGAUAAAAUUUGGAUAAUCAAUCAAAUUUCCAGUGAUGAUGCCCUAGCUGAUCAUGCUUCUUUACCACAAUCAUUUUCCUGACAGUAGUUGUGCAUGCAGUACAUGUUUUCAGUUGAGCGAGCCCUCUUUUAGUUAGAGAUCAAAAUUCAAGCCUGACAUGGCAUAUGAAUGCUCCCAGUUUAGCAAAAGCCGUGAUCUUUCCAACUUUGAGAGUUGAAGGAAAUCUCCGGAUAAAAAAUUGAAGAAUUCAUAUAGCACAGUACAGGGUGAGCAUCCACAUGACAGUUCUAAAGUUGUUUUUAUCAUAUGGAAGUUCAUAAGUUGUGAUAAGAAUAAAAAUGCAAAGUUCCAAAAACUUAUGUUUCCAGCAUGAUGGCUCCCCUGUUUCUAUGGUAAUCUUUUUCAAAUAUUCUGAUCAUGGUCCUCUAAGCAUUCCUGGUUUGUCACUUGAGCCUGAGCCGUGGGUCGCAGAUCCAACGAACAUUGAUGAAAUCCAUAGAAAAAGCUUAGCUAACUCUUCAUAACAAAUGGACUGAGUUAGUGCGCGCACUCACCGGCCGGUGCUUCUCAUAGUUUUUUUAACAUGCUAUAGCAGCUAUACAAUAUCAGAUUUAUGGAAACAUAUUUCAGAAUUGGUAAUUGGUGUGUUCUAUUCUCCUUUCCUUGGAUAUUUCUUAUUCUGUUUUAGAAUUAUUAUUUUUCGUCCGCACUUUCAAGUAUUUAUGCCUGGGGUCUUUCAUUCUACAGCUGAACAAUUAUAUCUCAAAAUAGCUUGCGUCCCCUAUAUUUGAUCCUUCUGCCCUCUUUUAAAUUCAACCUCUAAUUGACAUCUUCUUUCGUUGUUGUUGUAUACACGAGUGUGUACCAAAUUAUACAAAUGAAAUAUUGUGGAACAGGCAUAUUCAAAACUGUUUUUUGAAGUUAAAUAUCUCAUGUGAGAAGCCUAGAUAUAAGAAAUAUGGGUGUAAGGCGAUUGUUUUGAGGUGUCAAUGCAACUUACAGUACAUGGAUCUGGUUAGAACUUUGAUACUUCUUGCUUUGGUAUGCUGCUACGGUAGCUCAAUACCGAUGAAACAGAAGGAUUGGUCAUGUCACCAAAUGGGUACCACACACAUAUAGAUUGUUGCUUGCUCUCACGGUCCAUGUCAUCCUCGAUCCAUGUUGGUAUGCAUCCUCUCCCUUUCCUUUCCUCUCUACUAAGUUGUCUCUCCUUUUCCUUUAAUUAUUCAUGUGAUCUUUCUUGCUCUGAGAAGCCCUUCAUGAUGCACAGAAGGAUUCAGUUUCUGAAUUCUAAUCAACAGGUUUCAGUCGUCUAUUGCAAAAAUGUUCUAUGCAUAUUAUGUGAGUUAAAGGGUCAACCAAAUGAUCAUAUAUGUAUUUAUAUAGAAUCAUAUCUAUCUAUUGGCAGUCAUGUCUGAUGCAUACGUCUUUGCUGAUUAAAAAAUAUGCACAAAGACCUACGUGAAAUAGUUUGAUAAACAAAAAAUACUGCUCGACCGAUUUCUUCCUCUUAUUCACUGUUCCAUUUUAUAACACAAAGCGCUCACAUGGGCUCUCUUGGGCGCGGCGUGUCGCCGCGCCUCUGCCUGCUAGUCAGGAUUAAUUGUUGCUAUCUAGAGUAUUUAUUGAAAGACGUGUGAUCAGAGAAAAUGAGCUCUAAUCCUAGAGUAAUUAUGGGGAGCACUCUUGAAAGCAUCGAUGGUAAAGGAUGUUUAAUUUGAAAACCCCAAGAGAUGGGUGGUAAUUUGAGGAAGUAAAUCUGACGGUCAACGAUGACUUGAUCCAAGGGCCAUGCACCGGUGUCAUUCCUAGCGGUCUCCUAUAAAAGGGGUACGGCAUCCGGAUCUGACCCAAAUUGACUCGGGCAGUAGUAGGGGUGGUGAAACUUUAGAUGUCAAAUGCCACCAAUUUUUCUGCUCAAGUUAGGGGAUCCAAUAAAAAGGGACUACAUUCCAAUCCUACUUACCAGAAUAAAUAGUUGUAUGGCAUUCGAACCCCACCUUCAUGGUUGUAUUCUAAUUAGCUGGAAAUGUAUGACCUAAGCUUCUCAACAGGCAUUCACUCAACAGCCCCCCCCCACAAAUCAUCUCGGCCGCCCCUAUGCCAUCCCAAAGCAGCCCGGCCGGAGCGCCGCCCGGUUUCCCUAAACCUAUGUGCUACCCUGCCGCCGCCGAUCUUCCCCGUGCCCUCGAACGCUGCCGCAUGCUGCUGGACAGGCUGCUGCAACAUGAGGACGGGUGGGUGUUCGCCAAGCCGGUGGAUACAUACAAACUCGGACUCCGCGACUACCACUCCAUCAUCGCUGAACCCAUGGAUCUCGGCACUGUCAGCCGCCGCCUUGAAUUGCGUCGCUACCCGAACCUGCUCUGCUUUGCCAAGGAUGUCCGGCGUACCUUCAGCAACGCCAUGACCUACAACAACAAGGGAGACGAUGUGUAUGAGAGUGCUGCUAAGCUCUCUCGCAUCUUCGAGUCAGGGUGGGUCUCCAUUUUGGCGGCGCUCCCGUCGCCGCCGCCGGUCGCCGUGCGCAGGGCAAGGCUCAAGGAUGAGCUGCCGCGGCUGCCGGUGGACUUGCAGGAGAAAGCGGCCAUCAUUAUGAAAGACAUAGGCGGGUGGAUCCAGGAGGUGGAUGGGAGGGUUGAGGUGGAUUUGGACAAGGCCGACGAGGCGACUCUUGACAAGCUCGAGUGGCUGCUCGCUCUCGCCACCAUGAGGAAGUAUGAUGAUUUCAAGUUUUCAACCAUAGUCACUGGGACCUGAAGCCACUACCUCUGGUACACAUCAGAGAGCUCCCAAAUAUACUUGGAUUAGAAUAAAAUUGUUAUCUGACUUGAGAAUAAAGAGCUUCAUUGCUGGGCCAUUGACCUGGAUUAACCGGCUUCGCAACCACAUCCCGAAGAACACUAAGUCUCUAGUAAUCUCAUCAACUUCCAAUGGUUGUACAUUUUGAACGGAGGGAGGUUUUGACAUAAUGUUUCACUUCAAAAUACUAAUAUUGCUGAUUAUAGUCUGUUACAUUUUAAACUGAGAGUUUGUGGAUGUCUACCUUGUUACUCACUUGUGUUUUGAGUAGUCAUGAUCACUACUCUAGUUGAUUUGGCAUUUUGAGGCUUGAAAAUCUGCUUCUUUUUUUUACGCACUGAUGGAAAGGAAUCUACCACAAAUACUACUCCAUCCGAUCCAAAAUAAGUGUUGUGGUUUUAUUUCAGAACUAAAACCCGAACUAAAACCACGGCACUUAUUUUGGAUCGGGGGAGUAGUUUGUAGUCAUAUUAUUCAUGGGGAGUUGCUCCAUGUCUGCUACUCGCAUUUACAACUGCUGUUAGGAUGCUUUGAAGCAUCAAUCAUAGUAAUUUUUGUAUUCCUUGAGAUUGUGAAUCUUAUGCCUAGAUUUCUUUGUUCUCCUUUUGUGAAGUGUUUUCCUGAUAGUUGACACUUUUGACAUGAUCAUAUCUUUCCUUCUAGUUGUAAUGUUUUCCUGGACAUCACACCUACAACUAUUGCUAGGAUGUUUUGAAGGAGUAUAAAUGCUGACACUUUUGACAUGAUCAUAUCUUUACUUCUAGUUGUAAUAUUUUGUUUUGCCUUGGAUCACGAUGUUGCCCUUUUUGG